AUGUCGUCCACUACCGUGGCCCUGUCUCCAGGCCUUACCACCUUUCUCAGGAAUCUAAAGGUCACCUCAAUUGAGUCGUCAAUCGAAACGCUGAUAUCGCUCCUUAAACGGCGACAGAUACGCCAGUCGCACUCAUGUGCGGUCGCAACAGCAUAUCUGCUCAUGCGAGUCGUUUCGACGUUUCGCAUAUGCGAGCCGGACAAACUCAUAGAGAGAGUGCAGCAAGUUGGCAGGCUGAUUGUAGCUGCACAGCCGCGAGAGAUGGUGGUUGGGAAUAUUGUCCGUCGUGUACUAGGUCUUAUCAGAGACGAGGCAGAGAAUGAACGGUUUCGAGGGCUGAGUUCACGACGACGACAGCAGCAGCAGCAGCAACAACAACAACAGCAGCCAACCGAUUCUGUGUCAGCAGAAAGUACUCGACCACAUACGCCACAAAAUACAGCCAGCAAUCAACCGAUGUCUACACGUCUAGAUAUACCCUCGUAUCAUGCAUCACACUCUCGGAGGCGAGGUGGGCCUCAUCACGAAUUAAAAGGACUAUCCCCCUUUGAAACCUAUGGACGACAUUCGUCUCGGCCGCCAUUGAUGACGCACCCGUCCUUCUCCGGAGUGAUGAGUACUUCAGUGAUAUCCAUGUUCAAUCUGCUUUCUGAGCCCGAGCCGGAGUCUCCCGGGCCUGUAUCACCAGUCGCGCCAACAGCCUCGCCAUCAUCUGAUGAACCGACAGGUAACAGCCCAAAGGACUUUAAGGCCGAAGUUAUCGACGGUAUAACUGAGAUUGUGGACGAGUUAAAUCAGGUGGAUGACCAAAUAGCGGCCUAUGCGCUUGAACAUAUCCACUCAAAUGAGAUAAUCCUUACCUACACUUCCUCCGUCACGGUCCAGAAAUUCCUUCUUAAAGCUGCUGCACGGCGCAAGUUCACUGUCAUCCACGUUGAAUCGUAUCCCAACAGCCACAAGGAUAGCCACGCUGCAGUAACGGGAACCCUAACGGGGGAUGAAGAGGGCCUGGCGACAGACUCUUUCCAGAAGCCCCUUAUCGCCCUAGGAAUCACAGUUAUCUUGAUCCCCGACUCUGCUGUGUUUGCCCUGAUGUCACGAGUGAACAAGGUCAUUCUGGGCACUCAUUCUGUCCUUGCUAACGGUGGUCUUGUCGCCGCAGCCGGAUCCCGCGUUGUUGCCAGUGCUGCCAAGGUUCAUAAAACUCCCGUGGUGGUGGUUAGCGGCAUAUACAAAUUAAGUCCUGUCUAUCCCUUUGACUACGAGGCCCUGAUAGAAUAUGGAGAUGCCAGUGCCGUCGCAGACUACAUGCAUAGCGAUGUCGUUGAAAAAGUCGACGUGAUGAACCCACUCUACGACUAUGUGCCGCCUGAGCUGGUUGACCUUUACAUCACUAACGUGUGA